AUGCCUCAUUUUGAUUACUGCAGCCCCGUCUGGGACUGUUUGAGUGGAUACUUGAGUGAUAAGCUCCAAAAAUUACAGAAUCGUGCAGCCAGAGUUAUUACUAAAUCACCCUUUGAUGCGAGCUCAAACCACCUUCUCUCCACCCUCAUCUGGGAGAGGCUAUCUCUUCGACGAAAGAAACAAAAAGCCUUAAUGAUGUAUAAAACCAUGCAUGACCUUCAAUGAGGGACAAAAGUGUUGACACACUUCCGUAAAAUGGCCCCUUUUUGCAUAGUGGAUAUACUUAUCCCCUUCCCCUGUCUACCCCAACCCCUUCCCCCCAAAGUCAAUGUUGAAUUUUGGACCCUCAAGUCUUUUUUUUACUUCAGACAACGUUGAUUCGGGGGGUCGGGGGAUUUACGGCGUUUAAAAGGAAUGAAAUAAUAAAUGAAUUAAAUGUUUGUCAAAAGCACCCGUUUUAAACAAGUGUGUCAACUACUUUUGUCCCUGAUUGUUGCUCCAGAAUAUCUACUAAGUCUUUUCUCUCAGCGUCACUCUGCUUACAACUUAAGAAACUCUGAGGGAAGGCUGACCCUGUCCAAACCAAGCACCAAUUAUUUGAAACGAAGCUUCUCUUACAGCGGGGCCAUAUUAUGGAAUAACUUGCCCAAAAACUUAAAAAAUGCUGCAUCCGUUAAGCAUUUUAAGCGAAAUAUCAAGAAGGUAGCUGAUAUAUCGGAUUCCCACACGGCAAUCAUGUAA